GACGCGGUCAACUCUCAUCUGUGACGCCAACUGUACGCUUUUGCGGUCGCACGGGAUUCCAAUGUUUUGUUGAGUUGCCUUUUUCUGGAACCGAAUGCCCGAAUAACCCGCUCCGGUAACUUUCGGUGACGGUUAGUGGAGCGCGCGCGGCCAGCUCCGCGCGUCCGUACGUGAGUCACGUGCUCCGAGGUGACGUCACGCGGAGGCACGAGGGGUCCGGAGAGCGGCGAAGUCGUCCACUCGAGCGCGCGUCCCGUCGCGCGACGCGUGCACCUCCUCCUCCUCUUCCUCCUCUUCCUCCCGGUGAUCGGCGAUCCGGGUUCGCGCGCUAACGAUCCGAGCGAGCGCGGGGUCCCGGCUCCCCGCACGCCGCCAUCGAGCUUUGCGGUGGGAGGGAGAGAGCGGGGGCGGGGGUGCCGCCCGGCGGGCCGCUGCCCGAGGCCGCUCGCCGCCGCCCUCCUUCCGGCGCGCUCCAUGGACGCCCACCGCGCCUCCGCCUGGGGCCAGCGGCAGCCGCCGCAGGGGCCGCAGGGGCAGGGGGCCUCCUCGUCGCACGCCAAGUCCCUGGCCUUCUCCAUCGAGCGGAUCAUGGCCCGGACGCCCGAACCCAAGGCCGUCCCGCCGCCGCCGCUGCACUGCGUGAUCCCGCUGCUUCCGCUCGGGUACGCGGCCGCCGCCGCCGCCGCCGCAGCCGCCGCCGACCAGCGCCGGCUCGCCCUGGACUCUGCGGACGGCCCGCUCGGCUUCGGACUCAACUACCAGCCGGACGGCGGCCAAUACAAACUGUUCCGCCCCCGCGUGGUCACCCAGUCGUCGUCGUUCCCGUCCCGAGGGACCGUGUGCUACCUGGACUGCGGCGCCGGUCCCGGGGAGGCUUCCGCUCCGGCGGGACUCUUCGACCUGCACCCGAUGGCGUCCUACCUGCUGGCGGGCGGCGGGCACCGGGCGGCCCCGAACGACCACCUCCGCAACCUCCUCAAGGAGCGCGACUUGUUCGGAGACAAGAGUCCCAAGAAUUCGGCCGAGGCGGCGGCGGCGGCGGCGGCGGCGGCGGCGGCGAGGCUCGCGGGCGGCAAAGUCAAAGUGUUCACCUGCGAAGUCUGCGGGAAAGUGUUCAACGCGCACUACAACCUGACUCGUCACAUGCCCGUGCACACGGGCGCGCGGCCGUUUGUCUGCAAAGUUUGCGGCAAAGGCUUCAGGCAGGCCAGCACACUCUGCAGACACAAGAUCAUCCACACUCAGGUUUCCCCGCGGAAGACGGGAUUUAUUUGUACGAUCAAGCUUGACAAUGCCAAAAUGUGCAAAUGUGUGAAAAGUGUGAAAAGUGUCGUCGCUGUGCCUCAGGAAAAGCCUCACAAGUGCGCGCAGUGCGGCAAGGCGUUCAACCGCAGCUCGACGCUCAACACGCACACGCGCAUCCACGCCGGCUACAAACCUUUCGUGUGCGAGUUCUGCGGCAAAGGAUUCCACCAGAAAGGCAACUACAAGAACCACAAGCUGACGCACAGCGGCGAGAAGCAGUUCAAGUGUUCCAUCUGCAGCAAAGCCUUCCACCAAGUGUACAACCUCACCUUCCACAUGCACACGCACAACGACAAGAAGCCCUUCACCUGCCCCACGUGCGGCAAGGGAUUCUGCCGGAACUUUGACCUCAAGAAGCACGUCAGGAAGCUGCACGACCACGUCGCCGCCGCCGCCGCCGCCCAGCGGACCGUCACGCCGCCGUCCGUCGGCACGCAGCAGCCGUGAGCGCCGGCGCCCGUCCUUCAAUUGGAAAGCAAGAUCAAAAACAACAAAAGCGACUCGUUGUUUUGCCGUUUCACGCAAACAAAUGACAAAAUGGAAUAUGGAAAAUGAUAUUCCAUUUUAGGCUCCGAUCGAAGAAGUGGCAAAGCAGGACUGAGGCUUGUGUUUGGAAUUUUCAAUUGUGACCAACGAUCUUACGAGACAAUCAAAUAUCCCACGAUGCGUUGCGCCGAUACAGAAAAACGAUUUUCCGUUUCCGGCGUAUUGUUUUGAUUUUCGAUAGGAGACAAAUUGAUAAGUAGUGGUGUGAAAAUAGCUUUAAUACGAUGAUCUGAUAUGAGAAGUGUUCCAAAGUGGGUUUUUUUCAUUUCACAUUUUCAUACCCAAAAAUCGCGAUGGAGCGAUCAGGGAGUUUUCAUUUCAUCGUUUCAGCCCUUGAGUCAAAUAUACAGUUCACUCGAUGAAAAUCCCGAUAUAAAGAAUAGUUAGUAGGUUUUACAUUUCUUUUGUUCAGACUAUUUGUUUUUUUAAUAAAUAAAUAGACCACUAUAUUAAAAAACAUUCCUUAUUUAGUGAUAAGGGAGUAUUCGAUGAAUCGUUUUAGCCCAAGAGUCAACUACAUAGUCCACUACGGUAUAUAUAAAAACCUGUAUUAUCUCGGUCCACAAUAUAAAUAUCCCUCAUUGCACAAUUGUUGCAAGAAGAAUGAAAAUAACGAUAAAUAUCAUUGAAGCGAUUUGCCCCAAGUCAAACUGUCUUUAACGAUUAAAUGCAAAUGUGUGAAAACGUGAAAUACAACUCAACUAUUCUUGAGCAGGGAUUCUUUUGCGUACCACUAGAGGGAGCCCGCCUACCACACUUUGACAAUCACCUCCCAAAAAAAAAAAAAAAAAAAAAAAAGUCACUUUAUUUGGUUUUGUUUUUAGUGUUUGAUUCCCAAUUGAAAAUUGAAACAACAAAAUGGCGUACGGAUUGACCACGCCCACUUGGUGGCGCUUAUUAAAAAAAACGUUUUGUUUUUUUUAACCAACCAGUAUUUAAUAGCUUCACCUCGCUUUCCAAUCCAAACUUUUCGUCGUCAGGAGACGUCCUUGGACGUUCGAUUGACAGACUCACUGUUUCCUCUUGUGGACAAAAACAAUAUGACAUGAAAACGUGCACGUGCUCUCUGCCUAUGUAUGACUUCCUUUUCAGAGGCCACAUUUCCACCUAAAGUUCCAGAAAACCUUUGGUUUUUGUUUUCUGGCACCUAAAACGUUCCAAUCAGCCCCGCCACGACGGUUGUGGGAUCUAUGAAAAGUACCACUACCCCCAGCAGGGUCAUCUUUUGCAACUAAAUUUAGAUCUAAACCCACGAUGGCCUGACAAAGGUAUUUGGUUCUGGCCCUUACCGGGUGGUCUUGAUGCUUAUAGUUCCAGGAAAUUUUAAAUCAUUGGUAUAUGUUGUUCCCGGAACAAAAAGCUUCCAAUCAAAUCUGUUUAGGCUCCUGGACCUCUCGAAAGUACUACACUCCUCAACAGGGUCUUAGUUUAGUCCUCAAAAAGGACCUCAGAACUACAUUUUGAUCCAAACAUAACAGGCCCUUUUGCACAAAAAGAGAAGGAAAUGUUACCGCAGUUCCUGGUAGCAAAAGUUCCUCAAAUUUUCUGCGGCCUUCUAGAAGGAGCAGGAGGAAUUAUAUCAGAACUUCGGGGAACCUUUUUACUCAGGUAGUUUUGGUGGAACACUCACGUCAAUAGGAAAGCUCCUGAAAAAGUUCACCGAUUGACUGAAUUGACAUACGUCCAGGAGUUCCAGGAAUUUUUACUUCCAGCUUCACCAUCAGUUCUUGGCACUUGUAGUUCCUGUAUCUAAAAGGUUCCCCUUAGCAGGGUCUUCUUUUCAGCCUCCAUGAAAUACCCGCUAACUAAAUUUCAGUCCAAAGGUUCCUAGAGCCAUCUCAUUUCUUAAUGACUUUAGUGCUUUGUACUUUUAGUUCCUAGAACUAAAAGGUUCCAAUAAAGAUACGCUCAGAGAUGCAGACGCUAUUCCAAAGGUUCAUGAAUGUCUCAAAAUGCCCCACGUAGCAGGGUCUUCUUUUUCCCCCCCAAAAUAACCCCAGAACUCAACUUUGGCUAUAGUCCAGUGGCAAAAUGGUUUUCGAAAGGUUCCUAGUUCUGUCUCUUCCCUUGACAGACACCUACAAUUCCAGGAACUUUCAGAUCUUUGUACUUGUUGUUCCAAGAGGAUCUGUUCAGAGCGACAGAACAAAUGUUGCUGGUCCUCCCAAAAGUACUAUCCCCUGAAGCAAGAUCUUCUUUUUGGCCCCUAUAAACUACCCCAGAAGUUCCAGGGUAAAGUCCCUGCAGUGGAAAUGUGCAAAAAGACACAGAUGACAAUCAGCACUCUUGUAAGAUCUUUAAAACAAAUUCUAAUAGUUGCGCCUCUUUCUUGAUUGACUGAUGUCUGAAGUUCCAGGAACCUUUCGGUCUUGGUUUUGGUUCUUACUUCCUUAGUUGCUAAACGGUUCCUGUCAAAAAAGUUCACAGCUGCAGAACCAGCCCCAAUGGUUCCUAGAUCUAUCAAAACUACUACUCCUCAAGCACGCUCUUCUUUUGGCCCUCAUAAACUACCCCAGAUGUUUCAGGGUAAAAUCCCUGCAGUGGAAAUGCGCUAAAAGAGAAAAUGGCGUCUCUUUCCUGGUGGUCUUGAUUGACGGACAGACGCGCUCAACGUGGAUGAAGUUCUCUCCUUCUCACUACACUAGAGCUCCUCGUGGACAAAAAGUGGUAUUACACAAAAGAACACGUACAAGACUUCCAGUUCCUAAUCUGUAUUUCCACCUUAGUUCUUGGUACUUGAAUCCACUGGUGAAAAUAGCCCCUCCCUCCUUUUCCCACACGAGUGUCUGCACUGUUUGAUUGUUUUGUUUCAAUUGUUAAAUUAAAUAAAUGUCAUUGUUGUUAUUCCUGA